ACCCAAAUCCAAGAAACGCGAUACGGCAUGGCACCCCGUGAAUUCGAUCGCGACGGCAUGGGGGACGAGGAGUCGGUGGUUCGGAAAGCGAUGCCUGCCGCCCGAGACAGCGACGACGAAGGAACCUCGCUGCUAGGGGCUGCCGCCAAGGAAUCCGACAUCGUGCUGAUCCCGCUCAAGGACACCAUCGAAUCCUCGCACCGGAAUCAUUCGUGGCGGCACCAGCGGCACUGGCCGGCCCUGGCCAAAAGAGAGGUGAUCGAGCAGUCCCGGACCUUUCUGCCCGCCCUCCAAUCGAUGAUCCUCUCCAAGAUCCCGUGGUUCAUCACGCUCCGGAUCCUGGGGGAAAUGGACGCCAGGAGCAAGGCGGCCGCCGCCAGUAACGGCGGUGCGGAGGGAGGCGGCGGCUCCGUCGAGCUUGCGGCGGCGGCGCUGGCCACGACGCUGUGCAACGUGACGGGAAUGAGCCUCUGCGUCGGCUUUUCCUUUGCGCUCAGCACGCUGGCGGGGCAGGCCAAGGGGGAGAUGCUUUCGAGGGCCCCCCGGGCCAGGGCGAGGCAGCAAGCGAAGCAGCCACCGUCGAGUUCUGUGGGUUACGGAAGCGCGAUCCCCACCACCGAAUCCGGGGACUCCUCCUCGGACGACAGCGACAACGACGGCGCCGAAGCGGAAUCCCCCGUUCCCAACACUCCCGUUGUCUUUUUGCUUCGCGGAUUGAUGAUCCAGCUCGUGCUGGUCGUCCCCGUUGGAAUGUGGUGGCUCUCCGGCAUCGACUCCUUCUUGGUCCGUCUGGGACAAACCCCGGAACUCGCCACGCACGCCUCCACCUACCUCAAGAUCCUGGCGCCCUCCCUGUGGAUAUAUUCGAUCCAGUGGACAACGACGGCCUGGACCCAGAGCAUCGGGAUGGCCGACGUUCCCGCCACCGCGGCACUUCUAGGGCUACUCUUGCACAUUCCMUUCAACGUAUUGUUCUGCUUCGUGUUGGGAAUGGGAUACCUGGGCUGUGCCUACGCGGCCAUUUGCUUCCAGGCGGUCCAGUGCGGGUACAUUGUCUCCUAUCUCUUUCUGUACCCGCGGGGCAGACAACGGGUCCUGGAGUCGACGGGCGGGGCAUCCGUCGGCCGCAAGAGCCUCACCCUCUUUCGGGAGCUGCGGAUCGCGGGGGGAUCCCUUCGGGGAUUUUGCGACUACCUCGGUCUGGCCCUCCCCGGAAUCGUCGUCAUCUCCGAGUGGUGGGCCUCGGAGUGCGCCAUCUUUCUGAGCGGCCGGCUGGGGCCCGACCCGGAAACCACGCUCUCGGCCAUGACGAUCUACCAGAGCAUCAACUCCUUUUGCUUCAUGGUCCCCGCCGGAUUUGCGGUUGCCGGGACCGCCCGCGUCGGGAACCUGCUCGGGGCCGGGGACGCCACGGGUGCCUCGGUGGCGGGCAGGGUCAGCGUGGCCUGCUGCGCGGUGUUCAGCGGUUUCCUCGGGAUGCUGCUGUACACGAUGCCCCACGACUUUUUGCCGAGCCUCUUUGUGUCGGAGGAGGAAAGCAAGGACAUCGUCGACCAGACGGCCGCCACGAUUCCCUUCCUGGCGAUCUAUGUCUUUGCCGACGGCGUCCAGACGGGAUUGAACGGAAUCAUCAAGGGCUGCGGCCGGCAGAGAAUCGUUGUUCCCAUCGUCGUGGUGGCCUACUGGGUGGUUGGCGUACCGCUGGCCUACUACUUUGGAUUGUACCGGAACGGCGGGGACGACGAGCUGUGCGGGACCAGCAUGGUCCUCUGCGGCGACGUGGGCCUGGUGGCCGGCAUGACGAUGGGGACCUGGUGCCACAUGCUCCUCCUUGCCGUCGUGGUCGUCUGUACGACGGACUGGAAGAACGAGGCCUACAAGGCCCUGCUGCGGGUGACGAACCAGGACGAUAGGGACAAGCGGAAGCGCCAGAAGCAGAGGAGGGGAGAACGGGAGCGAUCCUCCGAGAUCGAGGAGACGGAUUGCCGCCACAAGCUAAGGGCGACGCAGAGCGAUGGCAACCUGUACUAAAAUAAUUGAGCCGAGAAUUACGUACGCACCACGCACUGCCUCCUGACACUGAACGAAUCAUGCAGGCUCUGCAUCACCAUUGCACGCUCCUUCCGAACGGAAGCCGCGCGUGUGAGACACAACCUGCUCUUAUGCAUGCAUUUGCGUCCAAUCCAUCCACACCGCUAAUACAAUGGCUCAUAGAUA